CCUAAUGAUUUUAUCAUGGUGGUUUUUGCGAUAAGCCGGUUCAAGUCGGUAUUACCUAAGUGCGGCAUUCCGUCGAACACCUUAAGCCCAGUGUGCCCACGCCCGGCCACCACAGCUCUCGAGGCGCUCGCCGCCAGGCACGCGAUGCCGCUCAUGCUGCUCCGCCUCGGCUCCGUUCCGCCGAGGACCGUGCGGCUGCGCCUGCGCGAGUACUCCGACGAGCAAGAAAAGAACCCUACCCUGCGUGGGCUGCCGCUUUCCGGCCGGCCGCCCCACUAUUCGUUCGCCAUGCCCAGCCGGCCAGCCCCGCGCGGCAGAGGGCAGUCCAAUCUUCCCCUUCCUCCCCUUCUUGGAUUGAAAUCUUGGUUGACGGCUUCCUCCGCAGCCCCGGCGAGGCGGCGAUCGCCCUGUCCGUCCAGUCCAGGUCUUGAGGAGGGGAGCAACCCCGGCGGACGGCGCCCAGUCAAAUUCCGCCGCAGCAGCUCGCAUGCAGAGCAAAGGAAGGCAAAAUGAGUAAGAGAAACGAGACAAUGCCAUUAUUUUUUUCAAGUUCAAACCACGGGAUCCACGGUAGCAGGUCCUUUAGCUCAAACAAUUGAUACCAUGCCUCGAAUUAUAUCUAUUGAGGAUGUAUCGAUUUGCAUUUCAAAUCAUUGAAGGUUUACCUUCUUCUACUAUUGAAGAUGUACUUAUGGUUAUGGGAAGCUCCGAUCAAUGAAUCAUUUGAUUUGGUACCA